UGAUAGCAACUUCUUUGCUAAGUUUUAGAGAAAGCCAUUAGGAACCAAGUCACACACAUAUAUAUAUAUAUAUAUGUAUGUAGCAGCUAGAUAGAUGGUCAAUUUUUGUGAAGAACUGAAUAGUCUGAAUUCGUUCGCUUCCUUUAGUCGGAAUUACUAAUAUGGCCAACGAAUUAGCGUUUGAUCUGUUCUAUAGAGUUGGUGAUGAGAAGGAUAUUUUCGAGCUUUCAUAUGCUACAUUUGCUGAAGAGUUGCAGCUCCAGGAGAUCCUGAAGGAGUCCAUUAUGGGUUCUGAAAAGGAGCUGGAAGAUGCAGCUAGUGAAGCCAUCAAGAAACCUGAGUGUGUUGUCAGCCAUGGAUUAUCCAACACGGAAUGUACUAUCUCCCAUGCCUCAGGGAUUCAUGAGCCUCGGUCGUUCAAUAAACAGGGGUCAGCUAGAUGGCGUACCCAGCAGAGGUUUGGUUACGUUGAGCAACAGAGGAUAAACUGGGAUGACAAUGGAAGAGACCGUUUCGAGUGGAGGAAACCUACAGGGUGGCACAACAUUAGGGGAAGAAAGGUGGAAGAUGUUCCUCAAACCAGUUCCAGCAACGAAUUUCAUGCAAAAACCAGUUCCUGGGGUGAAGGCAGUCCUCUUAUUGGCACUGGUAAUACUGAAGAUCCUAAGGGUAAAGGCAUAGCCAUGGAUGAUGACUGGUUGCUGGUCUCUAAAAGGAAAUCCCAAAGCAGGGGUGGAAACAGUGCUGACAAACAGCGGGUUAAACUCGGGCAUCCUAAUCAUUUAAAGGGUUCAAAAGAUGACAACACAAAUGCUGUUCACGAAGAUGAUUGCGAUUCCUUGGAUGAUGAGGAUGACUUUGAUUCCGAUGAUAGUCAAAAGAGCCAAGAGAGUCGCAAGAAGAGCAAAUGGUUUAAGGAAUUUUUUGAGAGAAUGGACGCCUUGAAUGCAGAGGAGAUUGAUCAAACCCUGUGGCACUGUCCAGCAUGCCAAGGUGGUCCAGGUGCCAUCAAAUGGUACAGAAGCAUUAGUGACCUGAUAGCACAUUCCAAAAAGAUUGGAUCGAGAAGGGUGAAGUUACAUCAAGAGUUCGCGAUGCUUCUAGAAGGGGAGCUGUGCAUUAGGGGAACCUCGGUUUCUCCUCCUGCUGACCCAAUUGUUGGUACCUGGAAAGGUUUAAAAGAGGAUGCAAGAGAUCAUCAAGUAGUUUGGCCUCCCAUGGUUGUCAUUAUGAACACAAUGACAAGCAAUUCAAAGGAUGGAAAGGUAAAAAUGAUCAGAAAAUCUUUUGGUUUUUAAUAAUUGAACCAAUGAUGCUGGUUUCUAGCACUGAUUGGAUUGAAAAUUGUAAUAUACAUUAUAUUAUCUAAUGUGC